CUCCAUUGCGAUACAACGUGUUCUAUUUCUCUGAGAAUAAUAAAUAAAAUUUCGUAAAUAUAAUUAGUUUCUAUGAUGGUGCGUGUCGAAGUGGAACAAGGUAUACUGGAAGGUGCUGAAUUAGAAACAGUCACUAAGGAUGGACGAUAUUACAGCUUCAAAGGCAUACCAUAUGCGGCACCACCGGUGGGGAAACUAAGAUUCAUGGAACCUCAACCACCAUUGCCCUGGGAUGGCGUCAGAUUAGCCACAGAACAUGGUCCGAAAUGCCCUCAGAGAGAUUUAAUUGAAGACAUAAUAGAAACUGGUAAUGAAGACUGCCUGUACCUGAAUGUUUACACUCCAGAUCUCACUCCCAAAAAACCCCUGCCUGUGAUGUUUUUUAUCCAUGGAGGGGCAUUCAAGUGGGGAACGGGUAACGCCGAAUUGUAUGGACCAGAUUUUUUAAUCAACCAUGAAGUAAUUAUUGUUACGUGUAAUUAUCGAUUGGAAGCUUUUGGGUUCCUGUGCUUGAAUACUAAGGAAGUUCCAGGCAAUGCUGGGAUGAAAGACCAAGUUGCAGCUUUAAAAUGGGUUAAGAACAAUAUAGCAAAGUUUGGAGGGGACUGUGAUAACAUCACACUGUUUGGUGAAAGUGCCGGAUCAGCAGCAACGUCGUUACAUCUUAUAUCACCAUUAUCAAAAGGACUUUUCAAGAGAAUAAUUGCAAUGAGUGGUGUGUUGUUUGGUGACUGGUUAUAUCCAUUCGAAUCUACAAGAAGAGCCUUUUUACUUGGACGACAAUUGGGAUGUGAGACUAAAAAUCCUGAAGAACUACUUGAGUUUUUGCAAAGCGUACCAGCUGAAAAAUUUAUUGAUGUUAGUCCUCACAUAUUACAAUGCGAAGACGGUGCUGACAAUGUAAUGAAAAUGUACUCUUUUACGCCGGUUGUAGAAAAAGAUUUUGGCCAAAACGCUUUUUUACUUGAAGAUCCGGCUACUCUAUUGCGCAAAAGAAAUAGUGUUGACAAUGAUAUAAUGCUUGGUUACACGAGUGAAGAAUGUUUAAUUUUCGCACGUGCGUUCAAAGAAUACAUAUUAAGAUACAAUAAAAAUCCAGAACUUUUUGUGCCACUAAGGAUCUUAUAUCACGCACCACAGGCUAAGAUUUUGGAAGCCUCGGAUGCAAUUAUAGAUCGUUAUUUCGCAGGAACACCCACGAAUUCCAUUGAAUACAUGAAAAAAUAUAUGAAAUAUUGUUCAGAUACAACAUUUAUCUAUCCUAUUCACUAUUUCAUACGGCUCAUAAGUAAAGCAAGUAAAAGCAAAAUAUUUCUUUACAAAUUUAGUGCAGUGACGGAGAGAAAUAUCUUUGCACACCGAGGUGCGCAAUAUGUGCCCGGUGCUAAAGGGUUCGCGCAUAUGGAUGACUUAAUGUAUAUCUUUUACGCAAGUAAAUACAACUUACCUAUCGACAAAAAUAGCAAAGGUUACAAAAUGAUACAACAAAUAUGCCGGCUGUUAACGAAUUUUGCGAAAUAUGGGAACCCGACUCCAGAUUCGUCUUUCAAUGUCAAAUGGCCUGAGUACAAAAGCACCAGCAAAGGCUAUUUGGACAUAGAUGAAACCUUAAAACCUGGAGUAGAUUUGGAUGUGGAAAUGGUGAAGUUUUGGGACAGCAUUUAUAAAAUUUCUGGAGUGGAUUUGUAAUAGUUUUUAAUGGAUACGAGUUACAAGAACCCAAAUUAUUAGGAUUAUCAGACUUAGGCUGUUCUUUUUAGAUAGUCAUAUCGUCCGUAUAAAUAUUAGGUAUAAGUUCUUUCGGCCUUACAAAUAAGCUUGGUACUUGAGAAUAAACAAAGAAUAUGCAAGAUGUUUUCAAAUAAACAUAUUGCUUAUGAUUGGUUUAUUCGGACGUAAAACGUUUCCCGCGUUUAUUUUCAAGGCUGCCUGACAUUCGGAAAACUUUAGAAUUAUCAUUGUAUUCACAGUGUUGUCAGCGAUAUAGUCAAGUUGCAUAUUCUUGGUUUAUUCUUAGGUAUAAUUUUAAUAAUAAUAUUAACACAAUUCUACACAAAUUAUAUUGCCCCAAACAAGUCAUAGCUGUACUAUGGGUACAAGACAACGAUAUAUUUAAUACAAUAUACAUACUUAAACAUACAUUUAUACAUAUAAACAUCCAUGACUCGGAAAAAAACAUCCAUAUUCAUCAUAUAAAUGUCGCACCUAGCGGGAUUCGAACCCAAAACGUCUAGCUUAGUAGGAAGGAUCACUAACCACUGGGCUAUAUGGUCUUAUACUUAACUUUAUACCUUUUAUAUAUUGAUAAUAUAAUAAUGAUCCGAAUAUAAUAUAUAUAUAUAUAUAUAGAAACAUUGUAGAUACCAAUUAUGUAACCUAUGUUGUGAGUUAAAAAUAAAAUAAAUUAUUACUUUAGACGGU